CAGGUUGCGGUGCUAGGUUUCACCGAGAUCGUGUGUUGAAGCCGGCAGGUCCUCCAAAGGGUUCCGAGUGCUGUAGCCCUCGAUGCAUGUGCGGCUGUUUGUGUGUGGGGUGUAGCUUCGCUGACAGAAAGGCUGGUCCCCCGAGAAAAACUUGCGCGCGCGGUUGGCAGCUCUACACUCAUCUGUGGGACCAGACAGGCUAGCUCUCUCUGCACCCACAUUCACUUGCCCAAGGUAAUCCUGGUCAAGGAGAUGAAGACUGCGGUUACGAAGAAUUCUCGGCAGAGCUGGCGCCAAUAACAGUCUCCUCCGUGGGUUCUUCUGACGAUUCCCAGGCUGACAGCAGGCGUGGCAAUUGGGUUAGAGUACUAAUUUGGGACAAUUUCCGAGAUAACUUAGAUUAAAAAAAAAAAAACUUACGGGACAGAAAGAAUAGCCUUCAGCCCUGCUGCCGUUCGAGUGUUCGCGUGCACGCCAGCUUUCUACUAAUAUGCACACGUUGUUAACUGAUGGACUGGCACAAGGGAUCAGAGGUUCUGGGUACCUGACAAGGCGAGGAAUUUAACUACUGUGUUCACGGUUUGAUUGUUGAAAAGAAAAGGAUGAAAUUAUUUGCUGAGCCAAUGCCUAGGUUAGGGUAUUCUCCUAAAGGUCUUGUUGCUUCCCUUUAAUAAAGGAGGAAACAGGUUGGGGGAAGUUAAAGAAUUUAGUUAGUGUGUUACAGCCAGCAUGGAAAGAAGCAGCUGGAAUCUGAGUACAGGGGCGUUUAGCCUGCUUUGGUCUGACCCGUGUUCCGCCAGGCAUAGCACAGACAUGCAGCAGGAAUUGUUGGACAAAUGGGGCUGACAGGAAGACUAGCCGAGGAAGAGGGUGAACAGAGGAACAGUGUCAGAGCCCAGGAUAAAGUCCAAGGCUCACUGUCCUUUCCUACCCUGGAGUCGGUAGAGCUGGACCAUCAUCCAAUCACAGAUAUGACCACAACAGUAGACACCGAGUGGCCCCACGUUUUCACCUUUUCAUACACAUCAGUCCUAUUUACCGAUGGGUGAGGCACAGAGUUUGGAAAAGGGAUUCCCACAGGUCCUCGCUCCCCUCCCACCGACCCACCCACAGGAGGCUUUGAGGCCACCAGGUCUCGCCCUCUGCUUUCUGGGAGCAUCGGCCUCUAGUGGUUCAAAGUCUACACAGUAGCUGGACAGACGCGAACUGGCUGUUCCCAUUCUCUGAUUCUGGGAGCGCAGCUGACAGGCCGUCAGCUCCUGUACUGCAAACCUUUGCCUGGGACGAAGAACCAGACUGGGUGGAGUCUUCUAGAUAGUGACUGACCUUUCCUACGUGACAGAGAAGUGUUUAGAAUGACUGCCCAGCAUUCCCUGAGGGUCCUAGGUGACUGAUGUAGUGACAUCAUCAGAGAAAGGGCAGGUUGCAGACCUCCAGGCUAGUUUCUGCGCACACCAUCCUUUAUGGCCAAACCUCAACCCCACCUACCACUGCACUUUCCUUCCCUGACCUCAAGACCUGGCUCCUGGUUGCUAAUCCAGAUGGGGGCGCCAGAAGACCACUGGAGGCUGCACAGCAAUGACAUGCUCCUGACCUUGCCCACCUGCAGGGACUUGGCAGUCUGUCCCCAGAGCUGCGGUCUUGGUGCUGCAAAUAAAGGUGUCACAUCUCAGGACAAGGAGCUCUUGUCUUCCUGGUUGUUUUUACUGGCUGAGUUCUCAAAUUGCCAAGGAACAGGGACUACCAAGAAAAGAACUGCUCCUUCCUUUGUGGCCCACAGGCCAAAUCAGCUUAGCCAGAGAGGGGUCCAUUAGGCCUGUCCCAGCAGACAUCGGGCCUGAAGGACUCCCGGAGGACCCAGGCCGCCCCUGAAAGUUUCCUACCUCCUUACCCAGGGGAGCAAGUGUGAGCUUGGAGCUUCCUGUCCUUUGCUAGGACUCUGACUUUGGGCUGUCUGCCCUUCUCCUCUACCCCUGGAGGGGAAGUCUACAGUGCCUGUGGAUCUGGGAGGCAUGUUCAGGAGCUCAGCAGCCAUCUCAGUGCACCUGGUGUGGCCGCUCUGGGGAAGGAAGGCUGGAGCCUCACUCACCCGGUGUUUGCACCAGACUCUCACCAUGGCCAAACAGCUGCCGGCUCGAAGGCUGAAUGGGAUUGAUCACAACCCCUGGGUGGAGUUUGUUGAACUGGCCAAAAAGUAUGAUGUCGUGAACUUGGGUCAGGGCUUCCCCGACUUCCCACCUCCGGACUUCGCUGUGCAAGCUUUUCAGCAGGCCGUCAGUGGGGACUUCAUGCUGAACCAGUACACCAAGGCAUUUGUGAGUCUCCUGCAUCUCCUGAAGGUCCUGAAGGACAGGCACCAACACCACAUAGGUCCCAGUGCAGAAGGCAGAUCGGGAACCCUUCACGAUCAAAGCAUCUGGUCCAGCCUGGGAGGAAGGAGGACGUGGAACAUGGGUUACCCACCACUGACAAAGAUCCUGGCAAGUUUCUUUGGCAAGCUGCUGGGACAGGAGUUGGACCCACUCAAGAAUGUGCUGGUGACAGUGGGUGCCUAUGGGGCCUUGUUCACAGCCUUCCAGGCCCUGGUGGACGAAGGCGAUGAGGUCAUCAUCAUAGAACCUGCUUUUGAUUGUUAUGAACCCAUGACCCUGAUGGCUGGAGGUCGACCCGUGUUUGUGUCCCUGAGGCCGAGCCCUGCUCCUAAGGGACAAUUGGAAUCCACCAAUGACUGGCAAUUGGACCCCACAGAACUGGCGAGCAAGUUCACACCUCGUACCAAGGCUCUGGUCCUCAACACACCCAACAACCCUCUGGGAAAGGUGUUCUCUAAGACAGAGCUGGAGCUGGUGGCCGACCUGUGCCGGCAGCAUGAUGUCCUGUGCAUCUCUGACGAGGUCUACCAGUGGCUGGUCUACGAUGGGCACCAGCACAUCAGCAUCGCCAGCCUCCCUGGCAUGUGGGGACGAACCCUGACCAUCGGCAGCGCAGGCAAGAGCUUCAGUGCCACCGGCUGGAAGGUGGGCUGGGUUUUGGGUCCAGAUAACAUCAUGAAACACCUUCGGACUGUGCAUCAGAACUCUGUCUUCCAUUGUCCCACCCAGGGCCAGGCCGCCGUAGCCCGGUGCUUUGAGCGGGAGCAGCAACACUUCGGACAACCCAGCAGUUACUUCUUACAGCUCCCACAGGCCAUGCAGCUGCACAGAGACCACAUGAUCCGUAGCCUGCAGUUGGUGGGCCUCAAGCCCUUGAUGUCCCAGGGCAGCUACUUCCUCAUUGCAGACAUCUCAGGCUUCAAGAGCAAGAUGCCCGACCUGCCUGGUGCUGCGGAUGAGCCCUACGACAGACGCUUUGCCAAGUGGAUGAUCAAAACCAAGGGCCUGGUGGCCAUCCCUGUCUCCAUCUUCUUCAGUCAACCCCAUCAGAAGGACUUCGACCACUACAUCCGCUUCUGUUUUGUGAAGGAUGAGGCCACACUCCAGGCCAUGGAUGAGAGGCUGCAGAAGUGGAAGAGAGAGCUCCAGUCCUGAGGCUCCUCAGCCCUCCCCACACAGUGGGGCUCAGCUGGGCCGAUCCCAGGGAUGGCACUAGAGGGCCCAGCUCUGUGACUGGACAUGCUUCCAGGAAAGAGGCCAUUUACUUGGGGGUUUCAGCAAUCUUUCCCCAUCGUGUCUGGACUGCUGUCUUGGGUUGAGCCUCACUCUACUCCUCUGUGGGUUACUUGAGGGUUGUGGUUAUUUCUGGCCUCUCUGCCUGAGAUGGAGUACCAGGCCUGGAGUCCCAGCCUCACCCCAGCCUUAACUUAGCCCUGCCGAGGCUCAGGGCUCUCCGUCUCUGCUCAUGUGACUUCAGGACAUUGCUUCUGGCUUGAUUGCUUUUGUUCCUAAUAAAGUUUUAAGUUAUUAGAGCC